GUAAAACCUCUGCUACUUCUGCUCCAGAAAAACCCUAAUCAGCUUCUCGUCUCCAUAAAUUCAGAACCAAGAAACAUCUCUGAGGUACCAUCUUGGUUUGCCAAUUUCUUAAUCAGCUUUGUUACUUUUUUUUUCUCUUGUCGUCAGCUCUAACUUGAAUUAUCUCCACAGAGACUAAACGAAGAUGUAUCUUCAGUGCUAUAUCAACGAGAAGGGUGAGAAGGUUUACACAACUAAGAAGGAAUCACCGCUAGGGCUAGCCACUGAAUCUGCCCAUCCAGCCCGGUUCUCCCCUGACGAUAAAUACUCAAAGCAGAGAGUAUUGUUGAAGAAGCGAUUUGGUCUCUUACCGACCCAAAACGCACCUCUCCAGUACUGAUGAAGAAGCAAACCACUUGCCUGUGUUGGUUUUUGAUGUUCCUUUUUAAUUUGCUAUGUUGUCUCUUAAUGAAAUGUUGACUUGAACCGUCUUUGUAAUGUCUUCAAAUAGUGUGAGUUAAGAGCAAUUUUUACCUAUCGUCGUCAAGCCUGCCACUUAAAGAUUAAUUUACAUUAAGAAUUUGUGAGUGCCCAUUUAUGU